AUGAAUGUGAGCGGCAACAACCAAGAAUCUCUUGCGAAUUCCUCCAGGUCAGUGUUCGUCAGUUGCCCGAACAAUCCACUGUUCAUCUGGGACCUAAAGCAAACACUUUCUCUGCAGCUUUCAGUUGCGGUAACAACCAUUGCCUGUCCAAUUAUCAUUGUUUUGAAUGCAUUAGUAAUCGUGGCGGUCAAGAAAUUCAAGAAAUUACAAACAAACUCCAACAUUUUACUUGCUAGUUUGGCGUGCGUUGAUCUCAUAGUGGGCACGGUUUCUCUGCCAUUGACAAUCUUCCUUGAUGCACUGAUCCUUCAUGGAACUGUGUCUGAGGAAAAAAUCUGUGCGAUCGAUCGCAUUGCCGGCUUUGUACUUUAUUCAACCUUCAACGCAUCAUUUUAUCAUUUGAUUCUGAUUGCAAAGGAGAGGUAUGCAGCAGUGGUAAAAUAUGCGGAAUAUAAAGUUAUGGUUUCAAAGGUACGAAUUAAGAACUACGUGGCAUUUCCCUGGAUAACAACUUUAUCGACAGCUGCUAUAUUUGCCACAUUAGUAGGCGCGGGUGUUCCCUACAGCGUCUCGCAAAUCCUUGUUUUCAUCCUAAUUAUCUUAUGGAUAAUCGGCUUUUUGGUCAUUGGGUACUGUUAUCUUAGGAUUAAUGUCCAAAUACAAAAACGGCUCCGAAGGCGUCACUCUCGAGAAAAUGUUUCAGUCCGUGCGGCAGCCGAAAAUAAAAUUUCAUACACAAUGCUUUUGCUAACAGUUGCCAUUUUGAUUUCUGGUGUUCCCUCUAUUAUUGUCUUUUUCUUCGCGUCAUCGACGUCCUCUUUCCGAACAAUUUCGGCAAACCGAUGGGCUGAAUUGAUCCUCCAACUAAACUCACUUCUAGAUCCUGUACUUUACUUCUACAGAAACGUACGCUAUAGAAAAGUUGCUCUGGAGCUGAUGGGGUGCGCAAUGUCACAGGAAACCCAAGAGGAAUCUGGAGUGAAGCGUCGUGAAAGGAGACGGCGCAAUUCUGUACCGUCUAUAGUUCUAAAUGAGUUGGUGGAGUGCAAACCAAGUCCUAACCUUCCGGAACUAAGAAAUGACGGGCUUAGAAUGCCAGACAUUCAUGCGGAGUCAGCUCCACCAUCAACGUACUGUGACAACUUGCGUGAUAAAUUUCAAUUCACGGAGCUAAAAUUCGGUGAUAACUUGCGUGAAUCCGUCACGCGAAGCGGCCGUGACAUCUUACAUGAUGCAAGAGGAAAUAACACGCUAACUGUGAUGGCAAAGAUUGAAAGUGCACCAUAA